AUGGUGUGUGUACAGACCAUCUUGGAUGCAGGCUACGAAGAAGAGUUUUUCGUUAGCAAUGUGAAAAUUGGGCUCGGAAGCAUCACGAUUGCGAUUGCUCUACUGGCACAAUUCUACCCCAAGAAGUAUCCAGACAAUUGGCUCAUCCUCCUGCUGUGCCUAGUGUUCUAUGGCGUAGGAAGUGCAGCGCUCUCUGUCUUCACCUCCCUCGCAGAAGAGGACAGCUUCCUCAUCACAAAGCCCAAAAAGGUGGCUGGCGAUUUGGUGUUGCGUCUGUCAUCACGCUUACCGCGCUACUCUGAUGAGUACAAGCUGGUGCUGGACAGUGACCGGAAUCGAGUGGUCUCGAUCGCCAACUUGUGGCGACAUGAUCCCAGGAAGGACAGUGCCAUCCUGUCUCGGAGCCUGACAGAGUUCUAUGAUGACAAGGGCUUCCUGCACGAGGAAAAAUUCGCAGCAGAGGUGCAGAAGCUUUUGACUGACUUUGAGAAGAGCUACAGCAACAAGCUCAUGAGUGGACUUGAGAAGGGCUACAAGAAGGUCAAGUGA